AUGCCUCCCCUCCCCCCUCGCGAUCACGAAGAUGACGAGGAACGACAACCACUCCUUGGUCCCCAUGACGGGGACGUCGACAGCGCCAGCAGCAGCAGCAGCCAACACAGCCAGGAGACGCACCGGAUCCAGUUCGGCGUGGACGACGGAGAGAACCCCAAAGCCUGGAACGGGAGGAAGAAGCUCCUCAACGUAGGCAUCAUCUCGCUGAUGGCCGUGCUGAGCCCGCUGGCCUCGUCCAUGUUCACCCCGGGCAUCAGCCAGAUCGCCAAAGAUCUGGAUACGAGCGAGCAGAGCGUCAUCGCCACGACGACGGGGUUCGUCAUCACCCUCGGCCUGGGCCCUCUGGUCUGGGCGCCCCUGUCCGAGGACUUUGGCCGCAGGGCCCUGUAUAUCUUCUGUUUCGCCAUCUUUACCCUCCUCCAGGCGGCGUCGGCGUUGAGCCCAAACAUACACACGCUCAUUGCCAUGCGCACCGUGUCGGGCUUCUUCGGCAGUGUCGGGAUAGCCAACGGAGGCGGGACGAUAUCGGACAUGUAUGAUCCGUCUGAACGAGCGGGCAUCUUUGGCUGGUACCUGCUCGGACCCCUUCUAGGCCCGACACUUGGGCCUCUGUUUGGAGGCGUCAUUGUCAGUCGCUUGGGAUGGAGAUGGAUAUAUUGGAUUCUCACCAUCGUCUGUGCCAUCAAUACCGCAAUUGGUUACUUCUUCCUCAAAGAAACGUACGCACCGGUCCUCCUAGGUCGUCGCAAAGCCGAUCUGGCCCAACAAGAUUCUCAAGGUCUGGGGAAGAAGACGAAGUACUACUUCGAUGGCGAGGACGAGCGACCACUCUCCCAGAAGCUCCAGGAGAGCAUGAAACGGCCAUUCGUUAUUUUCGUCCAGCCGAUGGUGCUGAUCAUGAGCAUGUACCAAGCCCUGAUCUUUGGCACCACGUAUAGCAUCUACACCAACAUGCAGAGCAUCUACUCGCAACAACCCUACAGUUUCAGCUCAGAGCAAAUUGGCCUCUUGUAUCUAGGACCAGGACUGGGAUUCCUGACCUCGGUCCGGUUCCUCGUUCCUCGCAUCGACACCGUCUUCAACAGACUGACAGAGAAGCAUGGUGGGAAGCCGCUCCCUGAGUACCGCUUGCCACUCGCAAAUAUCGGCAGCGUUCUGAUCCCUGUGAGUCUCUUCUGGUUCGCAUGGACUGUCCAAUUCCGUGCUCACUGGCUUGCGAGCAUUGCGGCGACAUAUUUCUACGGGGUGGGUCAAGUGGUGGUCUUCAAUGCCGUUCAGAAUUAUUACAUCGAUUCCUUCUCGACGUACGCCGCCUCAGCCAUUGCAGGAGGGUCUGUAUUCCGGAGUCUGGUAGGCGGUAUAGUCCCCCUGUUUGCGCCGCUUCUGUUUGAAAAGCUAGGCUAUGGAUGGGGGAUCAGCUGCUUCGGAUUCCUUGCGGUGAUGAUAGCGCCGAGUCCGUUAUUGUUUUAUUAUUUCGGUGGGCGGGUAAGGGAAAAGUUUCAGAUCACAUUUUGA